GCCUGUUAUGUCAAUUUACUAGGACAUGAGCAUUGGUCCAACUUACUGGAACUUUAUGUAAUGAAAAAAACAAAAACAGACUAAGAAAACGAGGAUGUUUGGAAUUGACAUGCUGGCAGCUGCACCCUGUCACCUGGCAGCCAUACUGAUCAUGACCACCUGCUGUGGCCCAGUCUCGCCCCUGCACGGACCACCGGCGACUACGGGCUCAGCCUUCUCGGCCACGCGCACCGACAGCAUAGUCGGCGGCAAGCAGAGCGUGGUGACUUUCAACAAACUGUCUGUCAACAUCGGAAGGGAUUUCAACCCGGACAGCGGCUACUUUCGCUGCCGCGUCCCGGGAGCCUACUAUUUCUCCUUCUCCGUGGGGAAAUUCCCCAAGAAAUUGCUGUCUGUCAUCCUGGUGAAGAACGGGCUGGAGGUGCAGGCCAUAGCGUAUGAUGACUACCGCAGGAAGGGCCGGAAAGUUGAAAGUCAGAGUGUCAUGAUCCCGCUGGAGCAGAUGGACACAGUGUGGUUGCUGCUGCAGCGCAGUUCUCAGUAUGCUCUGUACAGCAAUGCCGGGCCUUACAUCACCUUCUCGGGUUACCUCGUCUAUCCUGACGUUUCUUCCAGCACCUACAUCAGCAACCACCUGACUCCUCACUCCAACUGCCCCCCUCAGGCCGAGUCCUGGGCAGAGCAGCCACGAUCCGCCUUCUCGGUGGCACGGACUACCCCCGUUCUAGGUCAGAGCAGCAAGCAGAAGCACAAGUCACCUUUGACCUUUGAUGUGGAAUACGUCAACAUCGGGGGGCAUUUUAACGCAUCCUCCGGCAGGUUCACAUGCCGCUUCCCGGGGGCGUACUAUUUUGCUUUCACAGUGGGGAAACACCCUCGCAAGGCCGUUUCUGUGAAGCUGAUGACCGGGACGGGCCAGGUGCAGGCCAUGGUGUUUGACGAGGACACGUCCAAGAGGCGGGAAAUGCAGAGUCAGAGCUUGCUGCUGUCCCUUCGCCAGGGCGACACCGUGUGGCUGUACAGUCAGCAGAACGAGCGCUAUGCGGUGUACAGCAACCAGGGCAGGUACAUCACCUUCUCUGGCUUCUUGGUCUAUCCUGCAGCCUCUCACUCAUACCACUAACACGGACUUAGAAGUGGUAUACACUUAAUGGGGACUUUUCCUGCAUAGAGAAGUGUAUAAACAUAAAGUGUUUACUUUUUUUUUUUUUUUUUUUUACAAACCAAAGAUCAUUUUAUGUGUCUGGUGCAUUGUCGUGUAUGUCCACAAGGUGGUAAUCUGACACAAGUAAUCGCAGAAGUUUACAUAUGCCAUGUUUAACAACAUGUUUAAAGGACAGGGGUGUCCAAACAGAUGCAUUGUAAUUAAUUAUAGAAAAAAAAUAUAAUUUGGAAAAAUAGAGCAUAAAGGCACAUUGUAAAGACAACACGCUGAAAUGUUGAUAUUAGUAGAACUAAAAAUAACACAAAUAUUUGUCUUUAAAUAUAUACGAUAUAGAUACAAUAUUAUGUUUUUUUUUUAGCCAUUUAAUAAAAAUAUGCAUCAUAACAAAAAGGGUAAUAUUAAAAAAAAAUGGAUGGAUGCUGAUAGUCCAACUCAUACUGACUGGUAUACACAAGCUAUGGAGAUGAUAUCAGUAGAAAAAACUGCAUUUAGUUUAAAUAAUAAUUAGUCAUAUAUUGGAAUAUGGGAUCCAUUAUUUAAAUUUGUUUUAACUAUUAAAUGAACCUAAAAUCUUAUUUUAUCUUUGUGGAACAUAUUGAACACAAUGUGUUGUCAAAUUUAUGAGAUGCGAUGCAAGUGUAAGCCACUCUGACACUAUUGUUCAUUUCUUAAAUGUUUUUAUAAUAUAAAUGAGGGAUUUCUAAUCACUGCUAUGUUGGAGUUAUCAUUAAUAUUGAUACUGUUGUUGAUAUCAUUCAUUUUUUGUUUGACUACUUUUGGAUUGUUUUGUGUCAUGUUUGUGUGUCCUCUCAAUUGUUCUGUUGAUUGCUAUUCUGAAUGUUGCUGGGAUGGGUUUGGUUGUGGAAUUGGAACUGUAUUAUUAUGGUAUUAUUGUGUAUCAUUUGGUUGGACCGAUUAAUAAAAAUGAAAAAAUAAAUACAAAGAUAAAAAAAUAAAAAUGGAAUUAAUACAGUAGUACCUUAUCUUGCGACCUUAAUUGGUUUUGUGAUGGAGCUCUUAACUCAAAACACUUGUAAGUCAAAUUAACGUCUCAUAUUGAAAUCAAUUUAAUUGAUGCUUGUCCCACCUUCCAAUUUUU